AAAACUCCGCAUCUAGAAGCGGAUGUUUUCCUCUGAGCAGCGACAUUAGUGAACUCACGACGAAGAAAAACGCUUGAGAAAGAUGGAGGCAGCGUCCGCGACGGGUGUUUUGGGUCAUCUGGGUCUGUUGGAGGUUCAGGCAAGAAGCCGUAAAACUCAGCCUCAGCAGCGGAGUCGCGUGAAGGAGCUGAAGGCUAAAGUUGAAGCGCUGAGGAUCCAGAGGGACCAGCUGAAGGCGGAGAUGGAGACGCACAAGAAUCUCCAGAAACUGAGGGCAUCUAUGGACAAACAGUGUACAAAUGAAGAAGAGGAGGAGGAAAUGGAUGAAGAGUCUGAGAACUCACAACUGCUGCGGCUGAUGGCCAGACAUACACAACUGAAAGACCUUCUGCAUGCUCAUCACGUCAUAGGUGGGUACAACAUCAUGAAGACUCGUCAAGGUAAAGCAGUGUGCGUGUCACUGGCAACAGCCUACGAGGGCGUCUUCUUAGAAACCUUCAAUCUGGAGAUAGACCUAAAGACGAUGAGGAUAAUUCGUCACAACAUUCCCCCGUACAUUCCCUUGAACAGCCUGGCUGAACAGAGCAACUUGCAGACAAACCUAAGAACUUUUCUAGACACCCUCAGUCAACAUCUCAACGCCUUUUCCGGUCGCAAGCAGCAGCUGAAGCUUGUGAAGGAGCUCCACAAGUCUGUGGAAGUGAUGGAGAGUAAUGUUUUGUGUUCAAUACUGGUGCUGAUGUUCACUGUGCCGAGAGAGAAGACGGCUGUUCUCUGCACGCUGGACUACACUGACCACACCCGAUGUCUUCCCACACGAGUCCACUUUGACUCUGAAGACAAGGCACUUCCUGAUUCUCCAGAGUGGAAGAAUAACUGCAGCCUGCUCAUGGAGACGCCUGUGCACAAAGCUUUGAUUGCCAUGAGAAAGAUGAAGAAUAUUGUGUAAUUUACUCAGAAAUAAUCAAACUUUUCUCUUUCUCUUUCACUUUCUUUUCUCUUUUGCACAUUCUCGUUGUUUAUAAUAAAACACUUUUCUUCCU